AUGACGUUGAAAUUCUCGGUGGAACGGCUGGUGGAUUCUGAGAAGGAAUCAGAGUGUGAAGUGGAUGUUGAGGAUCAGAAUAAUUUGAAAAAAAUCGAUUUGGACGACGAAGAAGAGGAAAUGGAGAAAUCUGUAAAAGACGAACCACUAACACAGACACUCUCCUAUUUUGAUGUCCUCCUCCCACAUGUUCAAAUGGCUUGUUCAAAUCCGUUCAUUUCUGGAAUCGGAGCUGGAACUUCUGGAGAUCAGAAUGUGGGUGCAGGAAGUGUAUGGCAGCAUCCGUGGCUGGAAUUGUUGCAAAGCACGACAGCGGCUCAGUUUGGCGACGUAACAGCUGGUCUCUUUCUUCAACCUCUUCGAAAAAACAAACGAAUUCGAACAGCAUUCAGUGCGUCUCAAUUGAUUCAACUGGAAAAAGCAUUCGAAGGAAAUCAUUAUGUAGUUGGAAACGAGAGGAAACAGUUGGCAUCCAGAUUAAGUCUUACAGAAACACAGGUCAAAGUAUGGUUCCAAAAUCGGCGGACAAAGCACAAGAGAGUUCGAUUGGAGGGAUCAGAUCCGAACGCUCCAAUGUCCAAUGACGAAGAUGAUGAGGAGGAUAAGAAAUCAACAACUUCAUGA